AUGAUGCUUUGUAGUUUGUUCUAUGUUUUUUACAAUAAUUUAUUUUUCACAGAUAUCAUCCAGCAACUGAAACUGCGAUUACCUGAUAAUCAAUCUCGUAAUGAAGCUGUAAAAAUACUAAAUAGUGCUGGUUCACUUGCAAAAAGUGAUAUGUAUCCUGUUUUGAACAGUUUGCUGCAAGAGAUUGAUCAGGAUGACAAAACAGUCUCUCCAAAUUCAGAAAGUAUUCAAAAAUAUUGUAAACGAUUCCUUGAAUUUGCUCAAAAAUGCCCGCCCAUUUUAAUUGACCUUCAAAAUCAAAUAAAUGAAGAAAAAGGCAAUUAUAUUGUGAUGAAUAGUGCAUCAAACGAUAGUCUUGAAGAUGGAACCUGCAUAAAUAACCAUCAGCCAGUCACGUCAACAAAAGCAAACAUGAUUAUGUACCGUGAACAGCUAGCAAUGAAGGAUGCACAGUUGCGACGACUUGAGGAAGAAAUUGCCAAUGCGCAUCGAUGUGUAUGA